AUGUGGGCGCUGCGGGCGCUGUGCCUGGCCGGGCUGGGGGCGGCCAUCGGCGGCGGAGCGGCGGAUCAGUGCAGCUGGAGGGGCAGCGGGCUGUCACAGGAGGCCGGCAGCGUGGAGCAGCUGUCCCUGCGCUGUGCCGAGGGUUCCCUGGAAUGGCUGUACCCCACGGGGGCCCUUCGCCUCCGCCUGGCCCCCCGCCUGCCCCCCACCAGCGCCGCCGUCAAGGGCGGGAGCCCCCCGCACGUCACGGCCUGCAUCAAACCCACCGGGACCUUCCGGGGGGCUCAGCUCUACCUGGAGAGGGAGGGGGUGCUGGAGCUGCUGCUGCCGGAGGCCCCCCGGCCCCGCGCCCGCUGCUUCAGCUGGCUGCCCCAGGAGAAGGUGGCUCUGUUCCUGCAGGCCACCCCGCACCCCGACAUCAGCCGCCGCAUCGCCGCCUUCCGCUACGAGCUGCGGGGGGACUGGCUGGCCCGCCCGGCGCUGCCCGCCGCCAGCCCCGGCGCUGAAGGUGCGUGCCGGCCGUGCAAUGACACCGAGAUCCUGAUGGCCAUUUGCACUAGUGACUUUGUGAUCCGCGGCAGCAUCCGGAGCGUCUCCAACGACGCAGAGCUGCAGGAAUCCAUCAUCGGGGUGAGCGCCACCCGCAUCCACCGCCAGAAAUUCCCGCUUUUCCAGGCGGGCGGGCGGGCGGGGCGGCCGGUGGGCAGCAUCCGCACCCCACUGCGCUGCGGGGUCAAGCCGGGCCCCGGCACCUUCCUGUUCACGGGGUGGCUGCACUUCGGGGAGGCCUGGCUGAGCUGCGCGCCCCGCUACCGGGACUUCCAGCGCAUCUACGAGGGGGCCCAGCGCACGCGCCAGAACCCCUGCGAGUUCCCCGUGGACUGA